AUGUCCUCUUCCCCGUUUUCUUCCUUCUCCAAGUCUGAGCUUUCUGAGCACUUAGAUAUCGAGCAAGAGAAUAGUGGGAAUAAUAAUCGCAAUGCACGACAUCCACGACCUUCGUCUUCGUCCUUUUCCUUAUCAUCGUCGUCAACCAGCACUUCACAAUCCUCAACGACCGCGAAACUCUUCUCCGGCAGCCAACUCUCUUGGCUCAUUCUCUACUUCUUCUCCAACCUCUCCCUCACCCUCUACAACAAAUUCGUUCUCGUCCGUUUCCCAUUCCCUUACACCCUUACCGCCUUACACGCCCUCUGCGGUACGUUGGGAGGGUACAUAUUGAUGGAACGUGGGGUUUUUGAACCGAGGGCGUUGAGUUCGUCUGAGAACGUUGUUCUCGUGGCGUUUAGCGUGCUGUAUACUGUGAAUAUUGCCGUAAGCAAUUUGAGCCUGGGGUUGGUUACUGUUCCUUUCCAUCAAGUCGUGCGUGCUGCAACGCCCAUAUUCGUCAUGGCGAUCUCGUACCUUUUCUUGAACACUCGGUUCAGCGCGAGGAAGCUUUGGACGCUCUUACCUGUCAUGGCGGGUGUUGGCUUCGCGACGUUCGGCGAUUAUUACUUCACGACGUGGGGUCUUCUCCUCACGCUCCUCGGGACCUUCCUCGCAGCUCUCAAAACUGUGUUUACCAACGUUCUCCAAUCGCCUUUACCAAAUAGCAACGACAGCAGCAGCAGUAGCAAUACCUCAGAUGGCGGUCACUCUUCCUCCCCCUCUUCUUCAUCCAAUUCGUCGUAUACACACCACCGCGCACCCUCCAUCGGCCAACCAACCCGCCCCCACCCACUCUCCCGCAUCCGUCUACACCUCCACCCGCUCGACCUCCUCUCGCGCAUGUCACCCCUCGCCUUCGUCCAAUGCGUCUUCGUCGCUCUCCUCUCCGGCGAGCUCGAGCGUGUACGCGUAGCUUCUGCACGCGAGAUGGGUUGGGGAAGGGCGUUGGCGUUGAUGACGAAUGGGAUGUUGGCGUUUAUGCUUAAUGUUGUGAGUUUUACGGCGAAUAAGAAGGUUGGGGCGUUGAGUAUGACUGUUGCUGCAAAUGUGAAACAAGUCCUUACGAUCCUGUUUGCUGUCUUCCUAUUCGAUCUCACCAUCACACCCGUGAAUGCGUUGGGUAUUAUAUUGACACUUGUGGGUGGUGCGUGGUACGCAUCGGUGGAGUACCAGGAACGACAGCAGAAACGAAGAAACCAGAGCUUAAAGACAUCGGCAGGGUCGUAGAGUCGGACCGGAUAAGUAUCUGUUGUCUGUUGUAGAUUAUAGAUCAGGUUAGUGGGCAGGUAAAAUGGAGGACGAUACCGCCCGCUCAUUCACUUCACUCGAUGAUUCACACAUAGAACGAACAGGCAUACCAUACAUAUACAUAUUCAGACACAUGCAUAUCAUAUCAUAUCAUACGUACUAUUCCCUUCCUUACCUCUUUCAUCUGGGUUUCCUUUCUCUCUCUUCCGUCCCUCUCUUCAGUCCCUCUUUUUAUAUCUCUCCUUCUCUCUUCCACUCUUUUACUUAGCUCGGUAUAGGUAUAGGUGUUAGGUAUCAUUAUUAUCAUUAUUGACAUUGACUGUCUGUUUUGUUGAUACAAUCAAUCUACGAUCCAUAUCUUCAUAUCUUC